AUGGUCUCCCCCGACUCGGUUUGGGGCGUGGGAACGCCGGACGUGCUGAACGCACUACGGAUGGCCCAGCUGGAGGAUGACAUGCCGUGGCAUGUACUUCGCUUUGUGGGUGACUUUGUGGUUGCACUCCUCGCGCACCUGGUGUGGUUGGCUGUGACGGUAGACGCGUUCCAGAUCCGGACCGGGGUGCCGGAUGGCAGCUGGGUCGAGGUCCUGUACGGGACGGCGGUGGGGAGCGGCCUGCUGAGCUACGCAGGGCUGUUUGCAAUGUGUCGGGCCCCGCUUGAGGUGUGGCUUCAUUUAUACACGCUGCACACGGGUGACCACUUCCGGACGGCGUGCACUCCGCUGGACACGAUCAACACUGCCAAGGUCUUGCUCAACGUGUGGAGCGCGGUUAUGGUGGUGUUGGCGGUGGGCGGCGGGAUCGCGGCCGGGCACGCGUUUCCGGCCGCAGGCACGGCCAACGCCCUCCUUGUGGUGGUGGUGGUGGUCGGCGCAGUCGGCAUUGCCAUGCUGUAUGUGGUGCUGGCGCGGGUUAGGCGGCGCAACAUUGCGUCGAGCACCCGGUUUCGGCUCCAGCCUUUCUCCAACGCACUACUGAAGCUGCCGGGGUUGGUGGCGAUGUGUGGGGUGAGCUGGAUCGGAUGGGCGGUGGCAUCGCGGGCAGGCUAUCCGCACCGGCCAAGCAUCAGCGUGGCGGCGUCGGAGGUGAUGGAGGGGCGAGGCAGCGUUGAGCCGUUUGGCAUCGACGUCUUGCAGCUUGUUUUCCACCUAGCGACCGGGAUAGCCAUUCCUGCGGCGGCUGUGCUCCUGCUGCGGCGGAUUGCACGAGCGGUGGCUACGCAAAAGGCGUUCAACGCCGGCGGGGCGGCGUACCCAAUGGGCGGCGGCGGGUCGUGGUCGUUUCCGGCCGGCUCGGCGUCGAAGUCGCGAUACGAGUACUUUGAAGAAGACGAUGACGACGACGACGAGUCUCGCGAGUCGGGCGACGGCUCGGGUGACGGCUCAUGCGAGCUCUCGUUUGAGGGAGGUGAGAGCGAUGACGACGGCGGUCGGACACGCCUGCAUUUGCCGGACUCGUCAUCAUCAUCAUCGAGCUACGACGGCUACUCGAGCUGACAAGAGCGAGCAGGAGGAGAGGGGCGACCUUGCUGGCUUUUACAUUCACACAUAUGUGACACACAUGUGGCCCAAGAGACGGG